CUUUAAAUGUCUUUGAUUGUUCGAAAUAUAUCAAGUUUAAGAGAGGAAUGGAAAUAAUUGAUAAAAAAAAAGUUAAAGAAAAACAAAAGAAAGAAUUAAUAUACAUUAUCGUAUAAAUUUGAGAACAAUGCCAACAACAAUACUAAUAAAUCUGAUUCGCUUUUAAUCGUUAAGAAAAUUCCUUAUUCAAUACCAACUAACAAUGUUUUUAGAUUACAAACAAACAUUUAGUUUUCGUUAAACAUAAAUAAUGAAUUCUCAAUGGGAUCUCUCUCAGUUGAUCCUCAUUCAAACAAUUAUAAGGUUGUAAGAACAGAUAAAAGAAAAAAUCUUACUAUUCUAACCUUAGAUCAGAUAGAUCGACCUAUAACACCAUCAGAAGUACUAUAUAGAAUCUUUAAAAGCAGAAAUGAAUAAUUAGCUGAAGCGUUUCAUUAGUUUAAUUUAAGGAAUCUUAAUCCAUCCUAAUUCAAAUUUAACGAACUUUCAGAAAUGAUAGAAUAUGAAUAAAGUAUAAAAUGUUAACCAUAUGCAUGUUAUGUAUAAAUAUACGAGAAUGGAAUGUGGAGAACAUUUCAAAAGAUAUUUAAUUAAAAGAUGCUUUAAGUAUUUGGAGUUUCUGAAGAAAUGCUCAUUCAUUAUUGUAAUGAAACUAAACUAAUUCCAAUAAGUGCAUUUUUAGAUGCAUCUGAUGAGUAACUUAAGGUUUUUUAUCAAAUCUUUUGUGGUAUAGUAGAAUAAAUUGAAUCAAAUAGGGAUUUUAUAAAUUAUAAUGGGGAAAGAUUUACAGUAUCAUUAAAAAUGAGAAGUUUCUUUAUUAAAGAUGAAGAUAAGGAUUAGUUAUUUGAAUAUAUGUAUAGCGUAACUGAAUGUGAAAAUAAGUGGAUGUCUGAGAAUAGAGUUAGAACAAACUAAAUGGAAUAUUUCAAUAUUAAGCCAAGUUAUUCCACAACAGAUGAAUCCUCAUAUAUAGAAUCUAACAAAAGAUGUGGAUUCAAAUAUAUUGGAUGA